AUGUCAGCCAAUUCAAUAGUCCUCGUUGUAGGUGGAACAGGAGCUCAAGGGGCUGCAGUUGUAGAAGGUAACCUCUCUUCACCGCAAGAAUAUGGGGAAUGCUAACAUCAUUCCCAGAACUUGCUAAGAGCCCAUCAUAUGCAAUCAGAAUCCUCACCCGAACUGCCACAUCAAGUACAGCAACCAGACUUUCUAAUCUUCCAAACGUGAAACUCUUCGAAGGAUCUGCCCACCACGAACCAGACAUCCACCAAGCACUAGAAGGCGUAGACAUCGUCUACUGUAAUACCAAUGGUUUUGCCAUUGGCGAAAAGGCAGAGAUAUAUUGGGGAAUCAGAUUCUUUGAAUUAUCUCGUGAACAUAACGUGAAACAGUUUGUCUCAGCUCAGGUUUCCUUCCAGUGUAUUCACUAAUUUUGAAAUGUAGCUUUGUAUGGGGUUCUCUUCAAUCAACAUAUGAAACCAGUGGAUAUCAAGCCCGGUUCAGGUGCACCUCCCAUGAUUUAUCUCGCAGACUUGGGAAGAUAUGCACGCUGGCUAAUUGAGAACCCUGAACGUUCAAAUGGAAUGAACCUCAAAAUCGCCACUGAACAUCUUGGGUAUAAAGAUCUAGCGAGAACUUACACCGAAAUUACAGGCCGCAGAGCAAUAUUCCGAGAUGUCACACUUGAUGAAUAUUUCGAUUCCGGACUAUUCCCCACGCCUGACGAAAAGGUUGGCCAUUCGGCAGAGAAGGAUGAUGAAACUCUUCAGACUUAUCGUCAAAACUUCACGGGAUUUUGGAAUACGUGGAAGGAGGAUGUCGUUGUUAGGGAUAUGAAGCUGCUGGACGAGAUCAUGCCGGAUAGGGUGAAGAGUAUUGGAGAUUGGAUGAAGCUGUGUGGUUAUACCGGCGAGAGAAGCUCGGUCUUGAAGGACUAUCGUGAUGCUACCAUGCCGAAGCCUGGGAAUAGUUAG